GAAAAAUGUUGUGAUUAUUAGAAAGGUUUCGACUUUCGAGAGAGUCCGACAAAACUUGGGAGAGUUAACUAAAAGCCGCAUCCAAACUCUUUCUACUCGCCAUUUUCCUACCUUGCCUCCCGCGUUCUCCUGGUCUUCUCAGUAGCAGAACCAAACGCCUUAAUGGAAGGUAAAGUGGCUGAUUCCGAAAGGGCUACAGGUAGUUACUCAGCGGAGGUUUAUGGUAAUGGGGUCACUGUAGAAGACUGCCAAAAGAUGAUCGAGAGAAGCUUGCGAACUCCCACGGUGAAAUUUUUGAUGGAGCAUUUGCAAAAAUCAGGGUGCAACAUGCCACAUAACUUCGUAAAAGCUGAGAAGUGUGACCAGAAUGUUAGUGGCGGUUAUAGUCGUGGUAAAGGGAUAAUAGUAUGUAACAAUCAUGUUAACAUACAAGAUGAGGUGAAUCAAGUUGUGAUCCAUGAGCUAAUACAUGCUUAUGAUGAUUGUACGGCUAAAAACAUGAAAUGGGAGAAUUGUGCUCAUCACGCUUGUAGUGAAAUUCGCGCUGGCCAUUUGAGUGGUGAUUGCCACUUCAAGCGAGAGCUAUUGCGUGGAUACAUGAAGAUGCGGGGCCAUGAACAAGAUUGCGUGAAGAGGAGAGUAAUGAGAUCACUGGCGCUAAAUCCUUUUUGCUCCGAAACAGCUGCAAAGGAUGCAAUGGAAGCUGUUUGGGAUACUUGUUACAAUGAUACACGGCCCUUCGACAGAGCUCCUUGACCGAUCUACUUGCUUUCUCGGCUUCAGGUCAAGCACAUCCACUUCGUCUAAGGUGAUCGACUUUCAUGUCGUCAUGUCGAUUUCUUAGGAACUUCACGUUGAACUUAUGUCUAGAAUGAGAUUUCAAAUUUUUAAGCCUGUUGGGCCCUUUAUAGUGAUGCCCAAGCUUGCAAGCCUAGCUCAUUAAGUAAAAAUAUGAUGAUUUUGCCCAGUAAGACUUGCACAGGCCAAUUUCGGUGUAUUUUGAAUCUAAAAAUAUACAUUAAUGUGUUUUUGAUUACUAAUUAUAAAUUUUAUAUAUA